GCAACUGCAGCCCUUGGGCUCGAAGGCUGGAGGGACGAGAGUCGGCAGCCUUUAUCGACUUUCGUUCUUCGACGGUCUUUCGAAGGUCUGGUUGACCCUCCGUCUAGGAAUCAUAGUCAGGAAUCAUCGUCAGAAAUUGGUCGUCUGUGUUGAUCUGGGAGCAAGAGGAUCGGAAUCAUGGCGACUACAACUGCCUCUUCCAGUCCCGACGCAUUCACCAACCUGCUAACUCUGCUGCCCACGGGCACCUUCGUGUCGUUCACCAUUCUGGCCCCGAUCAUCACGAACCAUGGAGACUGUCACACGUCGGAGAAAAUCGCCACAGUAGUCAUUCUGGGCGUGUUCGCCUUCUGCUGCGCGUUCUCGAGCUUCACGGACAGUUUCGUGACCAGCAAAGGCAGAAUAUGGUACGGGAUCGUCACCCCGAAAGGUCUCUGGAGCCUGUUCUACACCAAGGACAUUCCUGGAAUCGAGGGCCAUUAUUACGUCGGAGGGGGAGACCAGGACAAGUACAAGCUGCAUCUGGCGGAUUUCUUCAUCGCCAUUCUGUCCGUCAUCUCCUUCGCCACCUUAAGUCUGCUCUGCACACCUUUCACCCAGUGCUUCUUCCCGGACAUUCCUUCCAAUAUUCUCAAGAGCAUUCCCAUCCCCGUGAACUCCGUCAUCGGCCUGCUGUUCGUUUUCGCUCCGCCGGCACGAAAUGGAAUCGGGAACGGAGUCCGCCUCAUCACGAGCACCACGAAAGACCUGCCUAUCGAAAACCCACCGAGUCCCUCAGACAAGAGUUCGCUGGAGCCAAUUCUGCCCGCGAGAGAGGACAGCUUACAGUCUACUGAUACGAGUCAAAAGCAGGAGACCGUCCAGGAACGACGUCUACAAGAAGGCGAAUCCAUCGUUUAGAGCCGAUUCAUUCAUAGAUCAGACUGUACAUAUGUUAGCAUCACUGGAAGCGCACGAGCUCAUCAUUCCCUGAUUCAUCUUCCGACGAAUAUAAGUCGUGCUACUCCAGAAGUGAUCGCUGCGGUGGCCAUGCAUAGCUCGUGGACUCGAGUUUUCCCCAGGCAGAAAGUGUACCACGGGUUACCAUCAGCCUCGACCACCUCCAUCAUCAUCAUCAUCAUUCUAUUGCAUAGACGCACCGGUACUCAGGUUUCUAAGUCUGUCCAGAUAACAUGUUUGUUGUAUACAUCGUACGCUGACGAUCGAGGUAGAAUGAUCGCAUAUGUCCUUGUACUCUUGCUCCGAGUACUUGAUCCCGAUUAAGUUUGAAUAAAGAUGCUAUGAAGAGGUGACGAAGGCAACCCUCUCG